AGGACACCUCCCAAGUACCCAAGCGCUUUGGUCUCGGGUCUCGCGCGCCUCGGGCCCUAGUGCGCGCGCGAGCUUGUGGCUCCGCCCCUCCGCCUAGAGCUACUUCCUCAUGCUGCCGGCGCGCCUAAUGUUCAGGCUGUUGAGCCCUUUCCUGCGUGGAUCCGUUCCCACGGCAGCGCGCCAUGGCCUCCCGGAGCCGUUCCUGGGGAGGAGGUGCCCUGCUGCCUCCUCCUUCCGGCGCUCAUCGAGGCUGGGACGCGAGAUUCCUCAUAACUCCGUGGACACGGAGGGCUUCGGAGAAAGUGCUGACGUGCAGGAGCAUUUUCUCUUCCCAGAGUACCUCCUCGAGCCGGAGCCGGAACCCACCCCCAAAGAGCAGCUGCGGGAGCUCCAGCAGCAGCAGGAGGAGGAGGAAAAACAGAGGCAGCAGCGGCGAGAGGAGCGGCGACAGCAAAACCUACGGGCCAGGCUCCGGGAGCACCGGGUUGUGAGGCACCCGGACCUGGCAGUGCAGCCCAGCGGCGUGAACUGCUCGGGCUGCGGGGCAGAGCUGCACUGCCAGGACCCCAGCAUGCCAGGCUACCUGCCCCACGAGAAGUUCCUCCGCGCGGCGGAGGCAGACGACGGGCUGGCGCGGACCGUGUGCCAGCGCUGCUGGCUGCUAGUGCACCACCGGCGCGCUCUGCACCUGCAGGUGAGCCGCGGCCAGUACCUGGAGCUGGUGAGCGCGGCUCUGCGGCGGCCGGGGCCCUCCCUAGUGCUCUACAUGGUGGACCUGCUCGACCUGCCCGACGCCCUGCUGCCCCACUUGCCCGCGCUGGUGGGAUCCAAGCAGCUGAUCGUGCUGGGAAACAAACUGGACCUCCUGCCCCAGGAUGCUGCUGGCUACAGGCAGAGGCUGCGGGAGCGACUCUGGGACGAGUGUGCCCGCGCCGGACUGCUGCUGGCCCCUGGCCACCGAGGGCCACAGCCCCCCAUCAAGGACGAGCCACAGGACCGGGAGAAUUCGAAUCCGUCGGACUGGUCCCGCACUAUGGUUAGGGACGUGCGGCUGAUCAGCGCCAAGACCGGCUAUGGAGUGGAAGAGUUGAUCUCUGCCCUUCAGAGCUCCUGGCGAUACCGUGGGGACGUUUACUUGGUGGGCGCCACCAACGCCGGCAAAUCCACUCUCUUUAACACACUCCUGGAGUCCGAUUACUGCACCGCCAAGGGCGCCGAGGCCAUCGACAGGGCCACCAUCUCCCCUUGGCCAGGUACUACAUUAAACCUUCUGAAGUUUCCUAUUUGCAACCCAACUCCUUACAGAAUGUUUAAAAGGCAACAAAGACUUAAAAACAAUUCAACUCAAGCUGAAGACAAUCUUAGUGAGCAAGAACAAAAUCAGAUUAAUUUCCUGAAAAAACAUGGUUAUGUCGUAGGAAGAGUUGGAAGGACAUUCUUAUAUUCAGAAAAACAGAAGGAUAAAGCACCCUUGAAGGAUAAAGUUCCCUUUGAGUUUGAUGCUGAUUCACUUGCCUUUGACAUGGAAAAUGAACCUGUUAUGGAUGCACCCAAAUCCACCAAACAAGUACAAUUGACUGCACAAGAUGUAAAAGAUGCCCACUGGUUUUAUGACACCCCUGGAAUUACAAAAGAAAAUUGUAUUUUAAAUCUCCUGACAGACAAAGAGGUAAAUAUUGUUUUGCCAACACAGUCCAUUGUUCCAAGAACCUUUGUGCUUAAACCAGGAAUGGUUCUGUUUUUGGGUGCUAUAGGCCGCAUAGAUUUCUUGCAGGGAAAUCAGUCAGCUUGGUUUACAGUUGUGGCUUCCAACUUCCUCCCUGUGCAUAUCACCUCCUUGGACAAGGCAGAUGCUCUGUAUGAGAAGCAUGCGGGUCAUACGUUACUCCAGGUUCCAAUGGGUGGAAAAGAACGAAUGGCAGGGUUUCCUCCUCUUGUUGCUGAAGACAUUACAUUAAAAGGAGGACUGGGGGAAUCUGAAGCAGUGGCUGACAUCAAGUUUUCCUCUGCAGGUUGGGUUGCAGUAACACCUAACGUUAAGGACAGACUGCAUCUCCGGGCCUAUACACCUGAAGGAACAGUUUUAACCAUCCGGCCUCCUCUCUUGCCAUAUAUCGUUAAUGUCAAAGGAAAGCGCAUCAAGAAAAGUGUGGCCUAUAAAACCAAGAAGCCUCCUUCCCUUGUAUACAACCUGCAGAAGAAGAAAGGACAGAGAGCUGUGUAAGACCAACCUUGUUCACUCCAGGUAUUAACUGUAUUGAACAUAACAAUAGACACUGAAAUUGUAUUAAACAUAAAUAAAACUUCCACUCU